UUGUAGUGAAACUGUUUGGUUAUACACUGUCUUCCUUCGUGCUGAGAAGAUGGAUCUCUUAAGCAAUUUGCCUGACGAUGUUCUUUGUCAUGUAUUGUCCUUCCUUCCCACAAAAGAUGCUGCUUUGACUUCCGUUCUCUCAAAGCGGUGGCGUAAUAUGAUUGCAUUUGUCCCUAAUCUUGAUAUUGAGGACUCUGUUUUUUUGUAUCCCGAAGAGCGUAAAGAGGAAAGAGAUGAUAUUCGACAGCUCUUCAUGGAUUUUGUUGAUAGAGUACUGGCAUUGCAGGGUAACUCUCCCAUUAAGAAAUUCUCCCUCGGUUGUUCCGGUGUUGACUCGGAUCGAGUGGAUAAUUGGAUACAGAAUGUGAUGGUGCGUGGUGUUUCGGAGAUUAAUCUAUCAAUCCUUUUGGAUCCGGAAUCAGGAGAUAACUAUAAUCUUUUUCCAAAAGUUUUUGAGAACAAGAAACUAGUUAAGCUCGAAUUAAGAUUUGGAUUUGAUAUUUGUUGGUUGGAUGGGACCAUUUUCUUACCGAUGCUUAACACUCUCGUUCUUGAAUUAGUUUCGUUAUCUGUUGAUAUGUUUGAGAUUCUUCUUCAUGCUUUGCCUGCGCUUGAGGAAUUAGUCCUGGAUAGAAUACACUGGAAAUAUUGCGAUGUUGCCGAUUUGACUGUGUCAAGUGCAAGCCUCAAGACCAUAACGAUAAAUCCCAGCGGUUGUUUAGAUACUUUGUCAUUCGAUACACCUAGUCUUGUUUACAUAUGUUACUCUGAUUAUGUCGUGGGAGAUUACCCUCUAGCUAAAAUGGGAAACUUGUUUGAGGCUCGAAUCAGCCUUUGUGUAAUUGAAGAAGAUAUCAGCCGAGCAAGAGCGCCAAACAAUGAUUUGUUAGAGGAUGAUGAGUACAAUGUUGUUCUCCGAUUUGCAAAUGUGGGGAAGCUUAUGAAUGGCAUUCGAAAUGUACGGUAUCUCUAUUUGUCUCCUAAUACUCUUGAGGUGCUUUCUCAUUGCUGUGAAUCGAUGCCAGUGUUCCAUAACCUCAAAUCUUUAACUAUAAAGAGUGACGAGAGGCGAGGAUGGCAAGCAAUGCCAGUUCUUCUAAGGAACUGUCCAUAUCUUGAAACUCUAGUCCUUGAGGGUCUCUUGCACCAUGUUACAGAUAAAUGCGGGGAUGCAUGUGACUGCGUUACCCGAGAAGAAAAAGGUCGUUCACUCACAUCUUGUCCAGUAAAAGUGUUAGAGAUUAAAGAGUCUCAAGGAACAAUGAAAGAAAUGCACAUGAUAAAGCAUUUCUUGGACUAUUUUCCGUGUUUAAAGGAGCUAAAGAUCUAUAUUACGGAGAAGGGUCCUACACAGCGCGAAGUGUCUGAAGUUAUCGCGGAGAAGAUAAAACUCUACAACAAAUCAUCGAGUAGCAAUGUCCAGCUCCUGGUUAGUGGUUACCAUGCAUAAGAAGUAGACUGCACGAUGAAGCCUCUGACGAACAUAAACUAAAGCAUAUAUAUGCUUAUAAGCCGAAAAGACUUUACGCGUUAUUUAGCUCAGGCCAUAAACUGAUGUUAAACAUUGUCCCUAUGAUCAUAAUACGUAGUGUUGUGUCCUAGUGUAAGACCAAUGAAUGCAAUACAACAUCGAACAUAAAAGACUUUCUUUUGUUUCUAUUUUCAUAUAUGUAGUAAACAUUUCCCAAGUAAAGCACGAUACGAUAACUCAUGGAGAUAAUAGUAAUUCAGUUUCACAAGUAAUUA